GUCCCUGCUGCCCAGGUGAGUCUCCCCUCCAUCUGCCAUAGACUGGCGACCACCCCGGGGCCUGAGGAUGAAGCUGAGCCCACUGUGCUGGCCCCUGUCCUGCCUGCUUGUGCUGCUGCCCUGGUCUCUGGCCACUCCAACAUCAACGACCCCAUGGCAGUGCCCACCUGGGGAGGAGCCCAACCUGGAUGUGGGGCAGGACACAUUAUGCAGGUCCUGCCCCCCGGGCACCUUCUCAGCCUCAUGGGGCUCCAGCCCAUGCCAGCCCCAUGCCCGCUGCAGCCUUCGAAGGCGGGUGGAGGCCCAGCUGGGCACGGCGACUCAGGAUACACUGUGUGGAGGCUGCCAGCCUGGGUGGUUUGGGCCUUGGGGGGUCCCCCGAGUUCCAUGUCAGCCAUGUUCCUGGGCACCUCUUGGUACUCGCGGCUGUGAUGAAUGGGGGCGGCGAGCCCGACGUGGUGUGGAGGUGGCCGCGGGGGCCAGCGGCAGUGGUGAGACGCGGCAGCCUGGGAACAGUACACGGGCAGGCGGCCAUGAGGAGACGGCCGCGCAGUACGCGGUCAUUGCCAUCGUGCCUGUCUUCUGCCUCAUGGGGCUGCUGGGCAUCCUGGUGUGCAACCUGCUCAAGCGGAAGGGCUACCACUGCACCGCUCACAAGGACGUCGGGCCCCGCCCUGGAGGUGGCGGCAAUGGAAUCAACCCUGCCUACCGGGCAGAGGAUGCCAACGAGGACACCAUUGGGGUCCUGGUGCGCCUGAUCACAGAGAAGAAAGAGAACGCUGCGGCCCUGGAGGAGCUGCUGAAAGAGUACCACAGCAAGCAGCUGGUGCAGACGAGCCACAGGCCUGUGCCCAGGCUGCCACUGGUGCCCCCCAGCGCGCCGCACAUCUGUCCGCAUCGCCACCACCUCCACACCGUGCAGAGCCUGGCCUCGCUCUCUGGCCCCUGUUGCUCCCGUUGUAGCCAGAAGAAGUGGCCUGAAGUGCUGCUGUCCCCUGAGGCUGCAGCUGCCACCUCUCCUGCUCCUAGCCUCCUGCCCAACCCAGCCAAGGCUCCCAAGGCCGGGGCCAAGGCAGGACGCCAGGGCGAGAUCACCAUCUUGUCUGUGGGCAGGUUCCGUGUGGCUCGAAUUCCCGAGCAGCGGACAAGUUCAGUGGUGUCUGAGGUGAAGACCAUCACAGAGGCCGGGCCCUCAGAGGGUGAUCUCCCCGACUCCCCACGACCUGGCCUGCCCCCUGAGCAGCGGGCACUGCUAGGAAGUGGCGGAAGCCAUGGGAAGUGGCUGAAGCCCCCAGCAGAGAACAAAGCCGAGGAGAACCGCUAUGUGGUCCGGCUAAGUGAGAGCAACCUGGUCAUCUGAGGGGCUGCCUGGUCUGAGAGCACUACAGCCUGGCCUGGGAGGUUCUGAAGGCUUCCUGGAGGAGGUAGAGCCGCAGCUGGGACUGUGAGGACCGAGAUGCAGUGGCUCAGCAGAAGAAACAGUAAAGGCCAAGGCCUGGAGGUGGGACCCUCCACCUCAGUGAGGAGCAAGGCAGGUCGGGAGCACCGCGUGCAGGAGCAGAUCGAGAGCCCCGCCCCCGCCCCUGCUGCCUCGGCUCCUCCCCUGCAGGAUGCCCCUGACCCCGUGCCUGCACUGGCCAGAUCUAGGAGCCCCCGGGAUUCUCUGUACCGCCAGGGGGCUAGGCUUGGUGGGAGGGAGGGUCCUGUGUCUGGCACCACUGGCCCCUUCCCUUGGUAAUUAGCCAUCCCCUGCCCCUGUACAGGCCCUAGAGCAGAUGUGCCUCCCCCUCCUCUUCUGGCAGGUCUUGUAAAGGGAAGGGCAACAACAGCCCUGGGCUGGGAGGCUGAGUUCCUGGGUUCUAACCUGGGGCACGCUCCUGGCCAUUGCUGAGUCGUGGUUUUUCUGACUGUGAAGUGGGAGGAGAUGAUGUCUCAGUACCCAGGGCCUCUCCAGCUCCUUGCAGGUUCUGGGCUGGGUUGUGGGGGGCAGGGGAGCUGGACUCUGCCACCACUCCCAGCAGUAGCUUUACCUGGCCCCACUGUUGCUGCUUCCAGGGCCUCUGCCUUCAAGGCCCCUCCAGGGCUGUCCAUCGAUGGCUCUGCCUACAGAUGGGGCUUAAUGCAUGUGCCUGCCCCACCCUGCUGUUUUUAAUGAAAUUGCAGAAGCAGUCUUGACCCGGGCAGGGCUGUGGUACAGAGCCCCAGCCUGCCCAGCCACCCCCAAGAUCUCAGGAGCUUCAGGGAGAGGAGUGUUGGCGGGGCUGGAGCCAGUCUCUGGCCUCAGUGGCUUCCGUGUCCUGUGGUGCCAGCGUGUCUGGGCAGCGCAGGCGACUGCCAGGCCCAGCCCCACCCUCUGCUCCGGCUCAGCAACUUGGUUAUUUAUGUGGGGCCAUGCAGGCGCGGGCCGCCGCCCGCCCCCAUUUCUCUUAUUUAUUGCAAUUUGCUGUGGCCCUAUCCUUGCAUCUCCGUCCCCAUCCAUUUGUUGAGUAAUAAAAGGUGGGAAAGUGCUGUCAUGAGGAGCUUCCUUUCUCUGUGCCCCUUCCCCAGCCAUCUGUCUGUUCAACACAGACCUCUCAGGCCCUGCUGUGUGGCGGCGUGUGCUGGGCAGGCUGUCCCUCCCCGCCCGCGCCCGCUCCUCCGCUGCAGGGAAGCAGGGCCCGGAGGAGGCCCUUCACCUCCUCUGGUUCUCAACGAAGGCCCUAGGGUGAGGGCUGU